AUGGAGAACAAAAAUGCUAUCACCCUUACUGAACAGAAACCGGAAGAAUCUAAAUGCAAUGAGGAUUCAGUUCUCCCCAUCGUUGAGAAGGGACUUUUCUUCCAUGAUUCCUUCUUCGAGGAUAUUCGGAAGCAAUUUGAGACAGCCAUCGACGAAAUCCUGGAUACGUGGGGAGAAGGCAAAUCCGUUAGUGAUCUGAUGAGUAGCUACAGACGUGUAAGAGAGCGCAAUUUGCAGGAAGAGAACCAAGUCAUGGCCUUCAGCGAAGACGACCAGAAUCACAAGGUUGUACUGGAUGUUCAUGACUUCAAGAGUGGAGAUGUUAAGGUUAGAGUGGAAGACAAUCAGGUGGUGGUGGAAGGUCGAGUGGAAAAGGAAGAAGAUGACUUCAAGUCCAUGAAAAGCUUCUAUCGACGUUUCAGCUUCCCAGGCAAAGUGAACAUGGAGGCCGUGACUUCCGCAAUGUCUUCCGAUGGCGUCUUGACUGUCACGGCUCCGAAGAUUCCACAGGAUACAUGUACAUUUAAAAGCAUUACAGAUGGAGGUGGAAAGUGGGCUCACACCCAACUCGCGCCACAUAAAAGCAUCAGCAGCCGCCUCUUGCUAGACACAAUAUAA